AUGGCGAAUAGCAAGUAUGAGUAUGUCAAGUCAUUCGAAGUUGAAGAUGAAAUAAUGUUUCCGAACCUUAUUGUUGUUCGGGUUGAUGGCCGUGAAUUUAGCAGAUUCUCGCAUGUUCAUGGAUUUGAUAAACCAAAUGAUGAGAGAGCUUUAGGAUUGAUGAAUGCGUGUGCAAAUGCUGUUUUGGAGGAGUUUGCAGAUGUAGUCUUUGCAUAUGGAUUUAGUGAUGAGUACAGUUUUGUGUUCAAGAAAGGAACAAAGUUCUACCAGAGGCGAGCUAGCAAAAUCAAUUCUCUUGUUGUAUCGUUUUUCACUGCUGUUUACGUCUCUAAAUGGAAGGAAUUUUUCCCCCAAAAGGAGUUAAGGUUCCUACCAUCGUUUAGAUCGCGAGUUAUGAGCUGCGCGACGCUGGAAGUUCUUCAAACAUAUAUUUCAUGGAGACAACAGUUUUGUCAUUUGGAAAAUCUUUAUAAUACUUGUUUCUGGAUGCUUAUUGGAAGUGGGAAGUCGGAAAAAGAGGUAAAGGAAAUGUUGGAGGGUACUCAAAAGCAAGAAAAAAAUGAGAUACUUUUUCAACAUUUUGGAGUAAACUAUAAGAACCUUCCGGCUAUGUUUCGUCAAGGUUCGUGUGCUUUAAAGACGGAGGUUGAAGAUAUUGUGAAGUAUGACAAAAAUGGUGAUCCUGUAAAAAGAUUGAGGAGGAAAGUUAUAGUUACUCAUUCGGAAAACAUAGCAGCCAGGAGCUUCUGGAAUGGCCAUUCGUGUCUUGUGAAAGAGUUGGGAAGUUUUGAUAAGGACAUCAAUAAGAUCAUGCCCGAGUAUGUGAAGUCUUUUCAGUUUGAGAACAGUUUAUUGCCAUCUACUUGGAUUGUUGUUCGUAUUGAUGGUUGCCACUUUCACAGGUUUUCUGAUGUUCAUGAAUUUGAGAAGCCAAACGAUGAACUAGCCCUAAAUCUCAUGAAUUCAGCUGCUGUUGCCGUGGUGGAGGAGUUCAACGAUAUCAUCUUCUCGUAUGGGGUGAGCGAUGAAUACAGCUUUGUGCUAAAGAAGGAUUCUUGGUUAUAUGAAAGGCAUGCUAGCCAAUUAGUAUCUGCAAUAGUUUCUCUGUUCACUUCCAUGUAUGUGUUGAAAUGGAAAGAUUACUUUCCGCACAAAGAGUUGAAGUACCAACCAUAUUUUGAUGCACGAGCUGUUUGCUAUCCAUCGUCCGACAUACUUCAAGAUUAUUUGGCAUGGAGACAGGUUGAUUGUCAUAUCAAUAAUCAAUACAACACUAGUUUCUGGAUGCUUGUCAAGUCUGGUAAGAGCAAAAGUGAAGCUCAGAAGUGUUUGAAAGGUACUUUUGCUAAGGAGAAGAAUGAGCUACUUGCGAGUCAGUUUUCCAUUGAUUACAACACAAUGCCAGUAAUGUUCCGCUUAGGAUCCUCUGUUUUUUGGGACAAGGAGGAAAAGAUGGUCGACGAGGCUGAAGUUGCUGGGAAAUUCCGCAAGAAAAUUGUUGUUGAACACUGCAAUAUCAUUGAGAAAAGCUUCUGGAAAGAACACUACCAUAUACUUGAGUGA